AUAGAAUAUUGAUUUCACUUGUUACGUGUACACAAAAGUUUGUAGCUUAGCUUCUAGUUGAUACAAGAGGAAAUUAACAAUGGAUUACGAUCAAGAUUACUUCAUAUACACGUCACUGUGUCUUUCUGAAGUUCUGUAUGCUAUUGGUUUGAAAGAGGAUACGGUACUUGAAAGCAGACGUGCUUGGCUUCUGAGAGAAUCUCUAAUGACAAUAACGUACCGACUAAAUGGCUAUCAACAAACUGUUUAUAUGUUUGGUAGCCUUACAGAAGGGACACACACAUUGGGACUGAUUUCUGACAACGGCUGCUUGAUUUGUGACGAAAGCGUAAACGUAGUGACCAAUAAAGACGACUGGAAUCCUGGGCAGUUAAAUUUGAUGAUUGACCACGAUGCGUCUACGCCACCAGGAUAUUGUCUUCUACGUUGGUUGCCAUUCGAAAUUUUGUAUCCGCACAUUACUUCUCAAGUGUUUGAUAAAAUAUUUCGUCCAUAUUUCAAUAAUCAUUCGGAAUUGGAUUGUGAGCUGCAUGGACCAUCCAUUAGGGUAAAAGGACAGUUUGGUUAUAAUGAUCAAGACAUGGUUUUUGCUUUCCGUUGUAAAACAUGGCCGAGAUCAGCUGAGUCAUGGUUAACAGAGGAAGGAUUAGGAAAUUGGCCGACAAAAGAAAUAAAAUCGUUUGCUGUAAAAAGCGGGUGCUUCCUCGUAGGUGUUGCCAGUAAAGGUAGUAAGAUGGAAGAAUAUGAAUACAGAAUAUCUUUUUCUCAAGUGGAAAGGUGUUUAAUGUUUAGUUUGAAUAUAACACAGAUAAGAUGUUAUGUUUUAAUGAAAAUGAUUAUCAAAACAUUUAUCCAUUCUGAUGGCAGCGGUGUAAUUUCAAGCUACAUGUGCAAAACUGUUCUAUUUCAUUGUAUAAAACAUACCUAUUCAAAUUUAUGGCACGAAUCUAAAUUGCUCUAUUGUUUAACGCUAUGUUUAUCGGCCUUGCAGUAUUGUGUUCUUAGCAGGAAUUGUCCACAUUUUAUAAUACAUGACAACAAUUUAUUAAGUGGACGAGUAACAGCUGAAUUCAGAACGCUGUUCAUAGAAAAAAUGCGUCGUAUCAUAUUAGCCCGUGGGAUGCAAAUGAUAUACCUUCAGUACGAUAAUAUUGGUCUACUAUUACAAUGUAAAAUACAAAACGAUCCCUGGGAAAGCGUUGACUUUUCAUCUGAAAUGCAUAACGCUUUAAUUUCUGGCGUGCUAUUGCGUGAUACCGGCAAGUGUAUUUAAGAUUUUCAUAAACAUAUUUUAUAUGUUUUAAAACAUAAAGAAGUGAAUACUACGAUACGUUAUAUACGCAAAUGCAUUUCUCAGCUGAUUCGUGUACUUGUGGUAGGUAGUAAACUUGAGCGUAUGGCGUGUAAGUUUUUGACAGCAGUGUUAAGUUCUACAUUAGGAUCUCUAACAGCUUCCUGUAGCAUCUGUUCCUCCUCUUCAGUAUCGUCAGAGGCCUUAAAGUGGUUUGAUGCAGGCCUAGACUCGGACGUCUCUUCAUGCCGAUUGAAAAAGGCAUCCGCCUUCUUUUGUGCUGGUGAUAUGAACGCUACUUAUCUAAUUUUAGAAGACAUUCGGAAACGCUAUGAUUUAAAUGUCGUAGAGCCAGUUUGUCGUUGCACCCUCCUCCCCAGUCAUCCUGCAAGAGAGGGUUUUAAAACUGCCGCUUAUCGACAUAAUGAAGGCGCUUUCAAACAUAUCGCGGCAUUUUGUGUCAAGUUCUUGCGUUGCGAAAGUGGCUGCGUUCCAAAGGAAUUACAGUAUGAAAUGUACAGAUCUACAAUAGCUGAACGACCACUGCGGAACGCUGAUAACCAGUGGUUAGAUUUGGCAAUCAUCGACUCUCUAACAUACCUUUUAUUUCUUCGAUUCAAGACUUGUGGUCGCCUUGGAAAGCAUACAGAGCAAAAACAAGCUUUAGAAGACCUUCUAAGGGCAAUUGAUAUGGAACCAAAUUUGGGUCACAGAGAAACCGCAUUGAACUUGGUCGGACAAAUUAUGGAGAAAGAAGGAAAAUUUGCUACUGCUUUAAAAUUCUUUAUAGCAUCAUUUAAUGAAAGAGCUGAACACAAUGCAGCAAAGGUUCUAAUAUGUAAAGUACUAGCAAAAAUGAUCAACAGUGACCGUUAAAAAUGAUAACCCUGCAUGACAGAAGUAAUAUUGUGAACAAAGAAAAUAAAACAUUUAUUUCUAGUCAGGUAGAGUCAUAUUAUUUGACAUUAGCUAUAAAAAUGUAUUGACUGACUUAGUAUUAUUUUAACAUAGACAAGCACGUCAUAAACAAAUAUUUAUGAACGCUUACACAAUCAUCAAGCAAAUACAUGAUACCUUAUGUUCCAUAAUAAAUGCCCCACCCCUGCUAAUAAACACUCGAAUUUCAUUUAAACAAUAAUUAAGCGAACACCAUCACACUUUGGCAAGAAGACUUAAGGUGCUUCCUUUGUACGAUCAUCAUCGUGAACGAUAACAGUGUAGAGGCACUUGGCGCUCCUUAGCGUCCUUGAAGUCAUACAUGUUUGGUUUUGGUGUUCAUACGCUGCUUUAUUCUUUAGCCUUUUCGAAAUCUCUGUCCUUGUCCAUUGCUAUUUUGAGAGUCAUGUUGUUGAAGUAUUCACAAAGAGGGUAGAAUAAUUUGAGCGGGUUAUUUCAUCGGGGAUAUGUUUGUCGAACUUAUCGAGGAUGCUCUUUUCGAAAGUAGUCCAUAUAAGAAAUGUUGUUUUGUGUCUCUGUUAAAAAUAAUAACGUCGCAUGGCAGAAGCAAUAUUGUGAACAAAGAAAAUAAAACUUUUAUUUAUAGUCA